AUGAUCCCAGCUUUCUUAUUUCUCACGCUAGCGCUCUAUGCUCUGACGGGCAGCGCGCGAGUCCUGGGGCAUCGCAACUCCCUUGUCGCACGUGCGGGCUCCCUCACCGAAAUCACGGACUUUGGCAGCAAUCCCACCAAUGUGGGCAUGUACAUCUAUGUUCCGAUUAAUCUCGCAAGCAGCCCCGGUAUCAUCGUGGCUAUUCACUACUGUACCGGAACCGGUCUGGAAUACUAUAACUACUCUCCGUACGCGACCUUGGCAGAAGAAUACGGCUUCAUCGUCAUCUACCCUUCGAGCCCGUACGAGGGAUCCUGCUGGGAUGUCAGCUCGGAAGCGACUCUCACCCAUAACGGCGGCGGUAACAGUAAUUCGAUCGCCAACAUGGUAACAUGGACUAUCAACCAGUACAGUGCGGAUAGCAGCAAGGUGUUCGUGACGGGAACUAGCUCGGGCGCAAUGAUGACGAAUGUCAUGGCGGCUACAUACCCCGAACUCUUCGCGGCCGGAACGGUCUACUCUGGUGUUUCUGCGGGCUGCUUCUACUCAUCUACCAAUCAAGCGGACGCCUGGAACAGCAGCUGUGCCCUGGGCGACGUUAUCACCACUCCCGAGCACUGGGCCAGCAUCGCAGAGGCAAUGGACUCGGGAUACACUGGUACUCGCCCCAAGAUGCAGAUCUACCACGGGAGUAUUGAUACCACGUUGUACCCUCAGAACUACAACGAGACCUGCAAGCAGUGGGCGGGGGUCUUCGGCUACGAAUAUGACGCCCCGCAGGAAAUCGAGGCCAACACUCCUCAAGCCGAUUACCAGACAACGAUUUGGGGAGACAAACUCCAGGGAAUCUUUGCCACGGGGGUGGGACAUACGGUGCCGAUUCAUGGGGAUCAGGAUAUGGAGUGGUUUGGGUUUGCGUAG